CCACAUCAAGACGACCACUUCCACAAGGGGAUCCAUAUGGAAAACCACCCGUGUAGCCUACCUUCUAAGCGAUAUGGAAUUUUCUUAGUAACAUUCCCAAUGCAAUCAUUCUAUCGGAAAUUUCAUUAAGUAAUUAAUUGGGACAGAAAGCAGUUAAUUAAAAUGGAUCCGUACUUGAACAUUAAUUUAAACUCGAGCGAAAGCGAAAUUGUUAGAAAGAGCAAGGAGGUCGAUCCUGAACUCGUUGACAGAUACAUUUAUAAUAGAGCAGUGGACGAACCGGCAUAUACCAUUUUAAUUAUCAUGUACAGCAUCCUAAUAUCUGUCGGAGCUUUAGGAAACGCGCUUGUGAUUCUGUCAGUGGUCAGAAAGCCAGCGAUGCGAACGCCAAGGAAUCUGUUCAUUGUUAACCUGGCGGUUUCCGAUCUGUUGCUCUGUACUGUCACGAUGCCUCUUACGCUGAUGGAAAUUUUGACUAAGCACUGGCCUCUAGGGAAUCACUCCUUUAUCUGUAGAAUGAUAGGAGCACUUCAAGCGACGAGUAUAUUUGUAUCUACAAUAUCUAUUACGGCGAUUGCAUUAGAUCGAUAUCAGGUCAUAGUCUAUCCAACGAAGGAAAAUCUCCAGCUGUUUGGAGCGGCAAUAAUCCUACUUAUUAUAUGGAUGAUAGCAAUGGUGUUAGCGUCGCCCAUAUUUAUAUACAAACGUUUAGCUCAUCACGAUUUUAAGCUGAACGGCACUGAACUUGAUGGACUAAAUUUUUGUAUAGAAGAUUGGCCCAUUGCGCACGGACGUGCCUAUUACUCCAUAUUUUCACUUGUCGUGCAAUACAUCUUACCCAUCAUUAUUGUAUCGGUAGCGUACUUGCGAAUCUACUUCAAGCUCCGAUAUCGAUUUGCUGCCGGAUUCGUAAGUAAGGAAGACACGUCUCAGAAUUCGCGCCGGCAAUUGCGUGGUCGCAAAUUGCAACGCACAAAUCUACUUUUAGUUUCAAUUGCCGUUAUUUUCUGUAUAAGUUGGUUACCAUUAAACUUAUAUAAUUUAAUAGCAGACAUUUGGAGCUCCAUGGACUUUACGUCGCAACCUAUGAAGGUGUGCUAUGCGAUCUGUCACAUGAUGGGAAUGUCGUCGGCGUGCUCAAAUCCCGUGCUUUAUGGGUGGCUAAACGAGAAUUUUUGGAAAGAAUUUAAAGACAUAAUGUGUAUAUCGGGAUCGAAGCGUAGUAACACCAAUAGUGCGGAAUGUCGUCGACUAACUGGUAGGAAAGAGUCGCAGAAAUCAAUAGGUCGAGGAAAACCUGAUCUUGUAACUGUUGCCACAGAUUUUCAUCAGGGAACUACGGCUGCUACCGAGAUGUCAGUGCUGACGCGUUGCUAGCUUUGGACUUCUUUUCGGAAUAAAACUAACCACGUCCAGAGGGAGAGGCAGAUACGUUCUUCUAUAUAGAAAUGUAAAUUUUGUAUAAUAAUGUAAAUGAUCUUCAAUGUAAAUGAGUGAAUGUGAAUGCUUCAAAUGACCAA